CUUUUGCCCAUGUAAACCUUUGAAGCUCAGCCACGUUAUAGCAAAUCUUAACUAGUACUAUAGAGCAUUCCAAUUCAAAGUUCAUCUCAUCCGAUCCACAGGUCAAACAUUAAAUCACAAGCAUACCUCACCGCCCUUCCUCCCCUUUGUCUCUCUCUCAUUCAUUUCCAGCCAGCUUCUGUUCUGCCUUGUCUUAGUAUCUGCAAAUUUUGAGACUUCAGAAUAUGGCUUUCCCCAUUUUCUGUGUUUUUCUUGCCAUGUUUCUUCCUCUUGAAUCUGUCACUGCCGAGUCAUUAGGCGACAUAUUGGCUCCUGUUAUCUCUCCAGUCAUGGUUGAUGUUUGCAAAGGCAUAGAAUGUGGUAAAGGGACAUGCAAGCCUUCAACCAGUAGCACUUUCUUUUUCGAAUGUGAAUGUGAUUCUGGGUGGAAUCGGACCACUAUUGAGAAUAGUGAUCACUUCAAGUUUCUACCUUGUGUGAUUCCCAAUUGUAACCUGGAUUACUCCUGUGCAAAAGCACCAGCCCCAAUUUCAGAUAAAUCGAACAAGACCAACACAUCAAUCUUUGAUCCUUGCUAUUGGAUGGAUUGUGGAGGUGGAACUUGCAACAAGACAUCAAAAUUGGCGUACAAAUGUGAAUGUGGAGAAGGUUAUUAUAACCUGCUCAAUGUGACUACCUUCCCUUGCUUUAAAGAAUGUACAAUUGGAAUCGAUUGUGCAAACCUUGGGAUUUCGGUGUCAAAUAAGUCUACUAGUCCUCCACCACCUGCAUUGGCUGACAAUAGUAGCUCGACUACACAUGCAGACUCUAUUACAUUGAUGAUCCUCAUAAUGUUUGUUGUCAUGGUUCAUGGGAUAUGAAAUUAGUCAGGUUAGUUAGCUAAGUUACCACGUGUAUUCAGUGAGGUGAUCAUUUCAAUUUUUCUUUCAUUCACACAUAGUUGAAGUGUGUUUCUGUUUUUGUAUAUAACUGAGACCUGUUGCCUGCCGGAAGAUAUAGGUUCAUAUUUGGGCUUGGUUUU